CGUCGAACUUAAUUAAUUCGCUCAGUCUGGGUUGAAGUUUGCACGCCAAAAAGUACCAAGAUGAAUAUCGCAAUUUUUGCAUUCGUUUGCCUUUCGGUCGCAUGUUCCACUGCUGAUACUCUUCAGGAACUUGAUUACGAUUGGGCCAAUAUAAAAUCACGUGAUCUGUACGUCGAGCCCAUUGGUCCAGCCCCCGAACAACAGUCAGGACUUCGCAUUAUUGGUGGAAAUGUGGCGGCCCGGGGCGCUUUUCCUUAUCAAGCUGCCCUGAUUAUUGACAACCAGAGUUUCUGCGGCGGAUCCAUCAUCAGUAACCAAUGGGUUUUGACUGCCGCCCAUUGUGUCGACACAGCUGCAGCUGUCCAGAUCAUUCUCGGUGCUCACAACCCCAGAUCCACAGUGAAUGAACCAACACAAGUUCGAUUGGCAGCCAACGGUCGUGUGGUUCACACUGGUUGGGAAACUAGUGUUCUUCAGAAUGACAUCGCUCUUCUUCGAGUUGCCUCGAUUCCCGUGGGACAACCUGGAAUUUCCGCAGUUAAUCUGGCUCCAUCCAACUCGCCCACUUAUGCCGGAUCUACUGGUACCAUUUCAGGAUGGGGAAGAACAAGCGAUGCCAGUACCACCAUUGCCAAUGAGUUGAAAUUCGUGGAAGUUCCCAUAAUUUCAAAUUUGAUAUGCACUCUUUCAUAUGGACCCCUGGUGAGUUCUCAGCACGUUUGCACCUCAGGAGCUGGAACUCGUGGAGCCUGCAAUGGUGACUCUGGUGGCCCAUUGGUGGUCGCAGGUGUUGAAAUCGGAAUCGUUUCCUUCGGAUCGCGAUUGUGCGAAUCUGGAAAUCCCAGCGUUUUUGUCCGAGUGUCCCAUUUCAGGGACUGGAUCACUUCCAACUCUGGCGUCUAAACCUCAGUGGAUGGAUUAAGGGAAAGAAAAUAAAGUUCAUCCAAUGAU